UACGAGUAUAUCUCAAUUCAAAACGGUUUAAGUCUACUUCUCAAAUUUCCCAUCAGAAAUAUAAGAAAAUGUUAACAAACUGAUCAAACAACAAAUUAUUAAUAUGAGACCAAUAAAAAAGAUGUCAAAAACAAAUUUGUGUGAGUUCGGCUCAUAAUGGACAAUCUCAUACUAAUGUGAAUUAUGCACGACCGACGGAUCCAACAUCAAUAUGGUGGAGUAAAACAUUUCAAUAGUCUAUGUCAAAGUUGUUGAGUGAAAUCUCCAACCAAACUAUAUUAAAAAAAAGAGCAUCUAGAAAUACAAAUGAACAAAAACUAGGGUAAAAGAAUGGCAAAACUUAACAAAAACAAUCAAAACUUACCAAGUCACAUAAAAGAAGGAAAAAUUGUAGCAAAUUAUUUUAAGUGAAGCUUAAUAUCAUAGAACAAACACAUCAUUGCGUAAGAUUAUAGUAUAAAAUUUUGUGUCUUCCUCUUAACAUUAUAUGCAUUGUUGAAGUGUACUUCAAUUAAUUCAUGACAUUUAGGAACCAAUCUUUGUAUUUAUACAUAUCCAAUUCUUCUCAUUUCAAAUAAAACCUUUAUCCUCAUGAGCUAAACAUAUUGUUAUUCACUGUAUUAGUUUAUUUCUCGUUUUACAUCUUGAGUAUUUAAAAAAAUUGUUCCAAAUUAUGGAUUUAACCAUUCUUUUAGGAUUAACCAUAACAUUCAUAGUCAUACUUAUUACAAAAAAAUUCCAACUUUUUAUCAUUUCAAAAACAUGCUCAAAAAAACAAUUACCAUUUCCACCAGGCAAAAAAGGUUGGCCAUUAAUAGGAGAAACCCCAAGUUUUGUAUCAUCCCCAAAAAAAUUCAUACUUGAUAGAAUGAAAACAUACAACCGUAAUGCAUUUCAAACCUCCAUUGCUGGUGAAACAGUAGCUAUUCUAUGUGGGCCCGCAGCCAACAAAUUUAUCUUCUCUAAUGAAAACAAAUUGCUCAAAUUCUGGCUACCCUACUCUGUUUCUAAAGCUCUUGCUCAACAAAAUGCUAACCCUAAUUCAAAUUCUUAUAAAAUGGCUGAUGAAAUUGCCCAUAAGUUCCUAAAAUUAGACAAUAUACAAAAAUUUGUGGGUACUAUGGAUUCUAUGGCCCAACAACAUUUGGACACAUUUUGGGUACCCUCCCUCCAAGUUAAAGUACAUCCCUUAAUAAAAGAGUUCACUUUUGAGUUAUCUUAUAGGGUUUUUGUUGAGUAUUUUAACCCAAAUUUGAAGUCUUUGAAAGAAUUACGUGAUCCUUUUUUUGAAUUUAUUGAAGGGAUUUUAUCUACACCUCUUUAUGUCCCUGGGAUGCCUUAUUAUAAGGCUCUUAAAGCGUCGAAAAUUGUCCAAGAGAAGAUUUUUGAGAUGGUGGAGAAGAGAAAGAACAAAAUGGGGAAUGAUGAUCAUGAUCAUGAUCAAAUUGAUGGUGAUUUGUUGGGUAGAUUUUUGAUGGUUAGGGAUGAGGAUGGAAGUUGUGUAAGCAAAGAGGAUAUUGCUAGAGUUAUUGUUGGGUUUAUAUUUGCUAGUUUUUAUACAACUACUACUACUAUUGCCUUCACAAUUGCCUACCUUUCUAAACAUCCUCAUGUUUAUGAUAAAGUUUUGCAAGAACAAAUGAAUAUCAAAAGAUCGAAAGGAGAAGGAGAGCAACUCAAUUGGAUAGACGUUCAGAAAAUGAAGUACUCAUGGAAUGUAAUAUGUGAAACCAUGAGACUUAAACCACCUUCUCCAGGAGGUUUCAAGGAGGCUAUUACUGAUUUUAACUUUGCAGGGUUUCACAUCCCUAAAGGAUGGAAGAUACAUUGGAGUGCAUACUCAACAAAUAUGAAUCCCAAGUACUUUGAGAAUCCAGAGAAAUUUUAUCCAUCAAGAUUUGAAGGAAGUGGGCCAGCCCCUUAUACAUUUGUACCAUUUGGGGGUGGACCUAGAAUGUGUAUAGGAAAAGAAUAUGCUAAAAUAGAAACUCUUGUUUUUCUCCAUAAUUUAGUCACAAAAUUUAAAUUAAAAAUGGUUAAUCCCAAUGAAAAGAUUUUCUAUAAUCCAGACCCAAUUCCUGUGGAUGGUCUUAAAGUUCAUCUACAACUUCAUUCAUAGAACAUUAUAAAUCUUAAACAACAACCAUUUGUGUAUUAAAUUUAUUUCUUUUCAUGAUAAAUUUUAAAAAUACUUUUUUAUAUUUAAUUCAAUUCUCCUGUAUUAUAAUAAUUUGUAUAAAUGUAAAUUUUUAAGCAUCUCUAAUUAGUAAUUUAGCUUAUUUGUUGUGCUUAAGCAAUUGAUACCGUAGGAAAAUUAUUGUAAUAUGAUUACUUUUAUUAAUAAGUUAACAAA